AGCUGGGGUCGCUGUCGGUCAGGUAGCGCCAUUGAGCUAACCUCCGUGGGGCUAAUUCUACGUGCGCAGCUAUGCUAAACAUUACCGCGUGUGCUUGUUGACAACAUGCUAACCAGCGCGGAGUCAGGGCGUCCUGAGCCCCAACAAGCCGUCGCAGCAAAGGCUAACACGUCUCCAGACUCCCGUGAGAUGCCGUUCAGCUAGCUAGCUGAAGAAGAGACGUCCCCCGUGUCCUCCUCUGUCCCUUUCUCUGUCCGGCCCUCAGAGCGAGGAGGAAAUGACCCAACUGAGUGUCCGUCGCUGGACGCCCAAACACGUCGCCAAGUGGCUGAAGGAAGAGGGCUUCUGUGACUAUGUGGACCUGCUGUGCAACAAGCACCGACUGGACGGCACCAGUCUGCUCGCCCUCAGCGAGUAUGACCUCCGCGCGCAGCCUCUGGAGCUCAAGGUGCUGGGGGACAUCAAGCGGCUAAUGGUGGCGAUCCGCAAACUUCAGAAACAGAACAUGGACGUGCUGGAGGAGCUCGGCCUUCCCUUCGAUGGCCACUCUCCUACAGGCGCUGGGGGAAGUUUGGAUUGGCUGUGUAACGGAGACCCGAGCAGAGACUGUGACAGCACUGACACAGCACCGGUGGGAGAGGAGUAUCACCAGUACACCAAUGGAAAGUACAAGCAGCAGACGAGGCGUCUGGAUCCAGAGUACUGGAAGACUGUGCUUAGCUCCAUCUACGUGGUGUUUGUGUUUGGGUUCACAUCCUUUGUCAUGGUCAUAGUGCAUGAGAGGGUCCCUGACAUGCGCACAUACCCUCCACUGCCAGAUAUCUUCCUAGACAG